GGUUGGAACCACUGCAAUGCACAUGCGCGAUUGCGCACUGAAGAAGAAAUGGCGAUAGAGCUCUGUUGACAGUGGUAGUGUCCCAAGUGCAUAUACAUAAAGCCUAGGCAUACAUAGUCAGCUACAUGUUGUCAGUUAGCCUACAGUUAAGAAAACUUUUACUUCGACUCAGUGACAUUCGUUUGCGCAUAGACAACAGUUAAUCUAAAUGGCGAAUAUUUGGUCAAACUGGUCGGAUAAAAUGCUACAAUUGCUUCGACGCAUGAAUAAUUUUUAUUUGCCAGGCUCCAGCUGUACCACAUGCCUUCGGUUUGAAGUGGCAGGAGAACAAGUAGGAUGGGUGCCUUCCAAAGUUGCGUCCAUUUUGACUCACUAUUCUGAGGUGUUUAAUCCACCACGUGAUGGGGCUAUUACCCUUUGCCAGAAUCUUGAUUCAUAUAGUCGGAGGUCUGAAGCAGUAGAUGCUGUGCUUCAGACUUUGAGAAAAGAAGGCUCACUGACAUGCCUAAAAGGAUGGAGAGAUGAGAAGUAUGAAGUGAUGCCCAAGUUCUGUGACACUCCACUGAUGUGUAUGGAGAGAUCAGCUACAAGCCUUUUUGGAGUGAAACGAUAUGGAGUCCAUGUAAAUGGAUACAGUCGAGAUGAGAACGGUGAACUCAGAAUGUGGUUGGCUCGACGCUCCAUUACAAAGCAGACCCACCCAGGAAAACUAGACAACUUGGCAGCUGGUGGUCUGGCAGCAGGUAUAAGUGUGAAACACACUAUGGUUAAAGAAUGUGAAGAGGAAGCUUGCAUACCAGCAGACAUUGCAGAGACAGCCCGUCCUGUGAGCACUGUGAGCUAUACCUAUGAGGACGAAGAAGGGGUGUUCCCUGAGUGCCAAUUCGUGUUCGAUUUAGAACUUCCUUCAGAGUUCCAGCCUAGAGUAGGCGAUGGAGAGGUCCAACAUUUUUACUUCCUUUCAAUGGACAAGGUGAAAGAAGUGCUGGUCAGUAAUGAAUUUAAACCAAACUGUGCAAUGGUGGUCCUAGACUUCCUUAUCAGACACUCCUACAUAGAACCUGACACAGAGCCCCAUUACCAGGAAUUUGUAGCAGGACUCCACCAAACUUUGUAAAAAGUUAAAUGAAGAUCGGGCGCUCAUUUUAGAACUCAUUGUGUAAUAUUUUAUGUCUUAUUUGCAUAUUUUAUGAGUUGCAUAUGAAUAACAAUGACAAUAACACAAGCCAUUCUCUAUUACAAUUUAUUUAUUUAACAUCAAAGAAAUGUGAGGAUGCAUCUGUGUACAAAAGAAUGUCCCCCUCAAAAAUGACAGAUCUUUAAGAAAUUACUUGCAUUCAAUAGUAGUUUGACAUCUUGUCAUAUUCCUUUCAUGAAUUUUCAAGUUUAAGCAUAUUUUUUACAGUUUUUUUUACUAGAGUUACUAGAUUUAGCAAAAUAUGCAGAACUAAUACAGAAUAAUAAGCCAGUAGAAUGCCACAAAAAGAUUAAACGUCCAGUACAAGAGAAAAGGGAGUAAAAGACAUGUAAAAAGGGUGGACUGGCAUGGAGUGAAAAAUAAGUAAUUCAAACAUGUAUUGGGUCACUCCUGAUUAACAGCCUGACAUGCAGGCAAAAAACAAUAUGCAAGCAGAAAAUACCAAAUUUUCUAAACCCUUAAUACCAUUCGUUACAAAAUGAUAUCCCCUUUCAAACCCAACAGUGUGUCCGACAGUCCACAUCAAGUGUAGGUUAUAUCUUAAUAUUAUUAGUCCAACUAAUGAUAAACCAAAUUCUAAAAUUAUUCCUGAUUACAAUACAUAAAUAGGUAUAUAAGAAAAUCAGUUAGUAUCGUUACUUGUGUAUGCAUUUAAUAUGAAUUUAUAUUCAAAAGGCAAAUAAAAACAUGUUGGCUAUUUAAAUAAUGCAAAACUGCUUGUAUCAAAUCAACUAUAAGAUCAGACCAAUGAUAAUAUUUCAUAAAGGAGAAGCUGGUCCACACAACAGUAGGGGUUAGUCUAUCCAUGAGAAGGGAGAACAGAAAAA